CAACAUGGCAGUCUGGAGUCAGCAAUUUUUCUGGAGAGUACGUACCUUAGUUACGUGAGUUUUAAAGAAAGAAUGUUUUUAACACUUCAGUUCUUGUCCCUUUCGCGUCAUCUACAUCGUCUUCGUUCGUCGCCAAGAGCACUAAACGUGAAUUACCUAAAAAUCACCCCAUUAUAAUGCAUUUGGUCUGUGAUCAGCUGGGGACGUUUUUCCUACUCGUUGGAAUGUUGUCCUUAAAAACAAGCAGGGGUAAUCCUGGAAAGGGAAAUUUUGCUGCUGUUUCUAAAGAUGAUCUGACUCGUUGGAAUCAAAUGACUUGCCAGUCUGUAAGUCAUCUUUUCAAGAUGAAGGAGCGUGUAGUUAACAAGUUGUCAAAUUUACUAAGUUCAAAUUCGAAAAACAAGCCGGCGAAACUUACGAGCGAUCAGAUACAGACGAUUACUACUUUCAGGAAUGAGCUAAACGUGACUGAGCGUGUGGUUUUUGAUUCUCUUAACGGUUUAAGAAGGCUGCUUCAAGAGGACUAUAAAUCGGUUGUGCACAUGAAAGAAGCUAUAAAGCAACGUCUGGAUGCCUUAAAAGUUCUUGCACUUCAGCAAGAGGAUCAAUUUAAUGCCAUUUCUGAAGCAGAAAGGGCCUAUAUAACUGCAAGUAAACAUGCAGAUGUUCAGAGCAAUAGAACACGCAUUGAGAAAAUUAUUGGAGGUAUCUUAGAUGAUGUUUCAUUCGCUGCUGAUAAACUUGAAGAUGAAUUAGAUGAAAAGACAUUUGAGAAAACACGAAAUGCCAAGGGGGCAUCCAUUGAAGCUGUUGUGAGAUUGAAAAAUGAGGAGGAGCCUGAUGAUGAUUCUAAUCCUAACAAGACCUCGCUGACUGAGCCGGGUGAAGAAAAUGAUAUGAGUAUUCUUGUGGAUUCUCAAAAUAAUCAGUUUGUUUUGUCAAAAGCAAAGGAUGCAACUGUUCCACACGAAGAUCUUCAUUUUAUCAAGGAUAUCAUUUUUAUUUUGCUCUUGUCCUUUGUGGGUUCUUGUGUUUGCUCACUUAUCCAUCUUCCAACAAUGUUUGCAUUUGUAAUCAGCGGUAUGCUUUUGGGACCCUCUGGAGCUAACAUGAUUAAGGUAUGUGAGUUACUGUUAUUCUGAGCUUGAAAUAAUUUUCCGGCUGGCACUGGUCAAUUUGUCCAGUCAAACCUAUAUUUGCUUAGACACAACCCUUUUUAGGCUGCACAAUCAUCUAUGAGAGUCUGAGUCCAGUCAUCUGAGUCCGGUCAACACUUCUAGCACAAUCAUUUCAUAAAUUUAAUACAUUAUGUAAAGUAAUGUUUUUUGUGUGGUUGUUUUUUUCUUUUCCCCUUUUUCCUUCACGAAUGGCAAUAAUGUCCAACCUUACCAAAAAUGAGAACUUAAGUUUCCAUUAAAAGUGUGUAAAACAACCAGACAAAGUGUCUGGCCAUCCAAGGAUUUGAGCGGCCAUUUAAUAUUGGCAGGCCAUUAUUUCAACCCUUUUAUUUGUUUCCUAGAGGAAUAGCAGCGGUGGCCACACCAGCCAAAAUGUGCAGCACUCAACAAAUUAUUUUUCUUUGUUGCAGUGGUAAAAAGUCACCAAGAAAACACUGAUCUACAUUUUACACUCUUUCAAAGUGUUCAAAACUUUGUGGUGAAACCACUCCCUGCAGCUCAUGGUUUCGCUUUUGUUUUAAACAUACUGACAUCAUUUCUGUGGUGUGGAAAGUGAAAUCUCUGGAGAAUCAAAGAUAAGUUCUACAUGAAAAAUCUCUCUUUGGCAAUGAUCUACCUUUUUCCCUUUUUAUUCUUGUACAAGUAAAUGAAGGGUAUCUGGAAUAAAUCCAUAGAUACAGCUCUAAUUUCUGAUAAAUUGCUGAAUUCUCCUUCCAUUUUUGUGAAUAUGGGUGUGAAUCCGAGUGGGGAAUUUCAUAUCAAGUCAGGAGUUAUUUAGGGCCUCAUUCCACACAUGCCUAAUGAUGUUACUUUCAUGUUGUUAUUAUUUCCUUCUCAGUCAGUAGUUCAGGUGGAGACUCUUGGUGAGUUUGGAGUCUUCUUUAUUCUUUUUGCUGUUGGCUUAGAGUUCUCACCAGACAGAAUCAAAAAGGUAAUGUGUGUAAUACUUAUUUAGUUUAGCCAAGUUUGCAUGCACACUUACAUAAAGAGAGAGAAGCACUCCUUUGAAAAAAAACUUUGAGGUACUUACAUCUUCUUCUAGCAUUAGCUGAAUUAGCUGAACAAAUGGUAAAAUCUUGUUGCCCUACCAAAAGCAUUAUUUUUCUCUAUUGCUAUACAUUGUUAAGCCACAAAAAGAAAAAAACAGAUGAUGUUUGUUUUGUUGAAUUCAGGUUGAACUUUGUCUCCUAGGGCUAGGAGACAAAGGAAAUUGAGAGUCAAUGUACAUGUAAGUCAGGUCAAAAGUAACCAAAAAUCAAAUUUGACUUAUCACACCGUGCUAAGCAGUCUAUGCAUGAUCCAUGAUCCAUGAUCCAUUUAUGAACCUCACUACAUAAGGAAUUAAAUUGCAGCUGUUUGAUUUCAAUGAUCAAGCUCAACAAUCGUUCACUAAAAUAUAAGAUGGAGCACAGUACUUAUAGCCUUUGUAAGUCUUGCCAAAGUGUAGUUGGUGCUUCUGAUUGGUUGAAAAUUUGCUUCAUCCAAUCAAAAGCACUACCCAGAUCUGGUUAGUGGCAUGUCAUUAUUAUGAAAUUUCUGCACUCGCUCCUUGGACAUCAUUUGACAGGGAAACCAGUGGUGGCAUCAAGAAAUGUCAGCUGUUUUCAUGCUCUAUGUUCAGAGCAACAUACUAUUAUUGUUUCAGAAACCUGUUGUUUAAUUCUAAUUUUGCCAUAUUAUGACUUUUUUCUGUUAUUUCCCUUCAAAUAUUGAGGAACCAAUUUCUUUCCUAAGGAAACUGCCCAUGAAUGUACCACAUGGAAUAAUUGUAUUGACCUGGUUGUUUAGAAACUGUAGUUUUUCUUUGUUUUCUUUUUAAAGGUGUGGAAAGUUGCAGUUGGUGGAAGUUCCUUGAUCAUGGCAUUGAUGAUUGUAUUCGGUAUUCUCUGGGGUUUGUGUUUUGGAAUCCUGCCAAGACAGAGUGCUUUCGUUGCAGCCUGUCUCUCUCUUUCCAGUACACCUCUUGUUGCAAAGUUUGUAGAAAGCAAGGAUGAUGAUCACAAUGCUAAAGGUAACAGCAAAACCAUUCUUCUUGUUUCUUAACUAUAUGUAUAUGUACAGUACAAUAUAAUAAAUUAUUUGUUGGUAGUGCUUCCUCGGAUAGUAAGGAAUUUUGUUGAUCAGGUUGAUUGUUAGUCAGUAGACGAACUAGCGAAAAGGUGAUUUCCAUUGAUUCAACAACAACAACUUUUUUUAUUCAAUAGGUUAAAACCUUGCACACAAAAGUGCUUUCACCUUUGUAGUUGCCAUGACUAUGAAAGGAAAUUUUUUUUGUGCAAAAUCACACUAUUAUGCCCAGGAUGGGAUACUCAAUAAAGAUUUUGCUAUGGGGAGGCUCCAACCCAAGGUCCAACCCAUUUACCUCUUUCACAUACUUAGUUUGGAAGACUGCAUCCCUUUUAACUGGUGUAACUGCAUGGUUUGUGUAAUAUGAAUAAAUCACUAAACUUGAUUCACCUGUACAAGAUGUAAGUUUUACCCUUUUUGGUCCUUUUUAAUUCAGACUGAAAUGACAGAUUUCCCUUGCCUUUCAUAUACUUCAACUGGUGAAAUUCUUAUGUCCUGAAAUUCACUUCUGUGACUUCCACUACCCCUUAUGAGCGGAGCCUCCCUGUAUAUGCCAAACAGGUAGUACCCCCCCUCCCCCCCCACCGUCCACUUGGGCUAUUUUGAAAGGCUGCAAUCCUAUUCUAUUAGCCACUUUAGUAUUAAAAUGCAGCUUUUGUUUGUUACCAGAGCAUACCAAUGGCAAUGGAGAUUACACCAGUUCCCUGUUGGGAAUCCUUGUCAUGCAGGAUGUCCAUUUAGGUUUGUUAGUUGCUCUUCUGCCUGCUAUUGCUGGUCGAAAAGGCGUGGCCCCAUCCAAGGGCAACACUGGAGUGGUACAUAAUAUUCUAAAUGGACUUGAAAACGAAAGUGAUUCAGGUAACUUGGGUUUUUUAAUAGUGAUUGCAAAACUGUUUCUCCCUAUUACAGGGCUCGAAAAAAGUCCAGUUCGGUUGUUGGGGACAAGUAGAUUUCAUUGCAUGACAAGUAACUAUUAAACCUCACUAGCCCAAUGGUCAAGGAUGCAAGCAAGUCAGCCUCUAACAAAAUAAUUAACUAUGACAAGUAAGAAGUGGCCUCUGGCAAGCAAAAUUGUGAGGGCUGCUUGCUCAAAGGACUUGCUUGAAUUCAAGUUUUUUUUAAGCCCUGUUAUAAUUUAUUCUUCAAACACCAAUAAUUUAGAUAGAUCAUCGGAAAUAAUUUUUCUUCCAACUGCGCCCCAAUCUUGUGUCUCAUUGCUUGCUCUUUAUUUAUUAGCUGAGUUUAUUUGCACCCUGAGGAUGCUGUUUGAGGUCGCGCUUUCCUUUGCUGGGCUGUUGGCAGUAUGCUUUCUGUUUGCAAAGCUAACUAGACCACUGUUCAGGUACAUGAACAUACCUUCCCGUAUACGAGUUCCACUAUUUGGAUCAGAUCUCAUUUAGAAUUGCACAGUGUAACAACCAGCAUAAUCCAUAUUUGCUCCUAAAUUAAACCUUCCGGAGUUUAGCCACUGAAGAACAAAUUUAAUGGUGUCUUUGUGCAACAUUACCUUACAGAAUAGCCUGCCCCUACAAAAGAUACAAUGUGAAGUGCUCAAAGUAUUAAAAUCAUUUUUAAUCUCACGACCAAUUCACACCCUACGGCUCUAAAGCCUCUCUUGUGCAACUUCAAUCCUUGUAUCACUUUCCAUGUCAAUGCUGAAAAAUCAUGUUGAUGGGAAAUUUAUGGGGACAAAGAAAACUUUGCAAAUCAUGCUCAGAUGUGAGUAGUAACAUUGAAUGGGCCAGGCUCAAAAUAAAUGCAAAAAAAAAAACAGUAACAUGAAAAUUUGACUGGUUGCUAUCAACUCGUGUUGCCUUAUUUUUCUCCAACAUUUCCGAUGGAAUUCAUAGAUCUCAAAAUACAGAAAACAGUCAUAACAUGGAAACUCUCCCUAGGAUUUUUUUGUUUUGAUUGUUCUAUCUUGUUAAGUAAACAAAAACGAGUUAAAUGAGUAUUUUGUUUUUUUGUUUUUCUUCAGAUUGCUUCAAGGUUCAGUCAGUAAAGAGUUGCUGACAUUAGCAACGAUAUCAACAGCAUUUUCUUUAUUAAUGGUAAGUUUGAAAAGUGAACUGAUGUUGGGCAAUAUAAGACAUAAUCCUACAUGUAACUAAAACAACAAUGGUAACUGUGACAAAAGACAAAUCAAAACACACCAAUCCAGGGUUUGCACUAAGAUUUCCAAGUUGCCGGGUAAAUACAACAAGUAGGCGGGGGAUUAAGGAGCUAGGAAUUUCUUUUUUAUAUUUGUCUUCUGUUUUCCUAUGAAAGUAGCCGGGGGUUAUAUGCAUGGAAGCCGGUGGAAAUCCCUGGCCCCCUGCCCAUAAUUACAGCCCUGCCAAUCACAUUUAGAGGUCUUAAUGACCCGUAAUAUCAUGGCUUAACUGAAAGAUGAUCAAAAACAUCCUGACUUACUGUAAUCAACCAAUCAGGUCAAUAACCAGAGUUUACCAUCAACUAACAUGAUACAACUUACUUUAACUUUGAAGAUGACUACUGCCUAGGUUGUUGAAAUGUCAGUCACUGUCAACAAAAGUCCUAUUCAGGAGUAUACUCACCUGGAUGAUCAUAUUCCACUAACCCGAGAUCAGGCAUUCUUUUUUCUCUCACAAAGAAAAAGGGAAGAUGGACCCCCUGAUCCUUAAUAUUUCCCCAACUUCUAAUAUGAAAGUGUUAGCAACACAACAAUCACAAGGUUCUCAUUAAUUUGGAUCUGAAGGAUGUCCAAGUUCUCCAUUUUGAGGAACGUAGGAUUUUUUUAUGGAUUUUAGUCCUUCUACUAGUUGCAAAGGUUUUACAGAGAUGAGCAGAGAUGCUACUUAUGACAUAACUGAGAAUAUCAACUAAAUAAUUAAUUAAUUUGUUUAAAGAAAGAUAGACGUCUUCAUAUUAGGUGCUAUUUAUAGAGAUAUCAGGGUUCUCAAUAGAAGGCGGCACCCGGCGAUUGAUCGCCGCUUACUUUGGGAUUUUUAGCCGCUUACUUUGUGUUUAAGUCGCUUUUCUUUGCUUUGUUUUGACACCUCUGGCUUUGCUGAAGAGCCUCCUACUUUAUCAGUGAUCACCUCCUAUUUAAAAAUCUAUUGAGAACCCUGGAGAUAUUGUCUCGGAGGCUGGUUGUCUAACUGUCACUUCCAUCCCCCCUCCCUAGACAAUAGUAUUAGCCCCAGACUACAAGCCCAUUCAGUUAGGCUAGGCUGUGUUCACAUAGCCUGUGAGCAAGCUCUCCGGGGCAUUCUGGCGGCAGGGCGGGAAAAGGAAGGAGAGCUUGCAAGUACAUCUCUGGAACUUGAAUUCCACCUCCAAUUCCCUUUUGGCUCCCCAUGGACUGAGCUGUCAGAUUUCCACCAAUCAGCCCAAAGCGGAAACGAGCACAAAAUGUAAACAAACAUUGAUAUCAGACAGGAGUUCAUACAAUGCAGGAUAGCUUUUCAUGCGGACAUGAAAAAGCUAUCCAGUAAAAAGUGAACAUAUUGGCCUAAGUCACUUGCAAAAUAAUCUUGUCAUCAUUGUAAUCAUACUUUUUUCCCAGCUGUCAGAGCAUUUAGGAAUCUCUAUGGAGCUUGGCUGUUUUAUGGCUGGAGUUGUGUUGAGUUCCAAUGGAGAGCAUCUUGUUCAUCAGGUAUAUACUUUAUUACUAAAAUCCAACUAGUGGUCUAUUAUCGAUGCUGCAUUGUGAUUAGUUGAGCUACUACUAGGCUAUAUGUUAUAGCCCACUAUUAGGGCAAAGCGCCGGCUUUUUGGUGGCAAAAAAGGGUUAAAGUCUAGCUUUAACUAGCUAAAGUUGUUUUGUCUCGAUACUUUUGAUUAACUAGUUGGAUUUUACUAAAACAAUUAUUCCUCUCACCCUCAUGGACUCUGAGUCAAUAGCCCAUUUGGCCUUCGGCCUCAUCGGCUAUUGACUCAGAGUCCAUUUAGCCUCGAGGAAUAACUGUUAACCGUACAUACUAUCCUGCUUGUUGAUUAUUUUUGCUCGUUCUGGCAUUCAAAAAAGUUUACAGUUGAUUUUGGGCUAACUUGACACGUACUUGAAAUUUGUUCUCUAGGUGAAUGAACUGCUUGAACCACUUCGUGAUUUCUUUGCGUGUUUAUUCUUUGCAUCUAUAGGUAAAUAUUAAUGAUGACAACUACUAACUAAUUACUAACUAAUUACUGUACAUUGCGUUGCAUUGCAUUUUACCGUCAAAAAUGCUAAUGCAGACACCAAAGUGACAGAACCAAGUGUCCUCAUAACAUAGGUGUCCAAAUGAGUUUGCGUCUGGGUCGGUACUGCAUCGAAAUGCAGUAUGGGACUGUUUUGGGAAUACCGCCAGUGCGUCUUUUAUUGGCUGAUAUUGGGUUGCUGAGGAAACUGAGUUAGAAAACUCGUACCUCAAAACAAUCCCGUAGUCUACCUUAACACAACACUGACCCAGUCUCAAGAGCAGCUUUGAAAUGAGGAAGAAGUUGUAUGAAGCUUGGCAACUUUUUCACUAUAUUUCGCAAGAGGUGCCUGAGGCGAAAGAUUUGAAAGACUGCAUCUUUUGCGCAGUCCGGCGUCGAGAAAAUUCGGGAAUUCGGCAUUGAGAUUCGAAUCCUUGACAUCUGCGUUGCUCCUGGCUACAUCCAAAUUACAACGGAAAAGAGGACUUGCUAGAGGGGAAAGCGAUACCAUUGCAUAGAUCUUACGUAUUAAGCCUGCGCCCAGGCUCACGUGUGCAGGUUCGGGGAAAAUUUUGGCGGCGUAGCCGCUAUCGCGCGAGGAACACACGCAAGAGAAUCUGCUGGUAGGCUAUAUCUGAGCCACUGACCAAAGACCUGGUCAACUGCAGGCGCAUAUGUUAUUAAGCUGUGCCUUAUUUUGGGUCAUAGGUUGUCUCCUUGGUGGAGGUCUCUUUUAUGCAACUGUGAGCUCUAAAUCACGCAGAGACUGGGAAGAGGGAAGGAAAGAGCGCGCGGGGAACGAUGAGAAAAGGGAAGCUGUGUUGUUGCGUUCUUUUUAUUGAUCCCUGCGCGGUCUAGUUGGAGCCUCUGUAAAUGAGUUAGUGGUAAAACGGUUUGUGACUGACGUUGUUGGAAGAUUAAAUAAACCUUUUUUGCAGGUCUUCAUGUCUUUCCAACGUUCGUGCUUACAGAAUUUCCUCUUGUAUUGACUCUUACCCUUGGAGUCGUUUCAGUGAAGGUACGCGAUAAAAGGCGGAAUGCACAAUUUUUUAUUGUACUGUAUAGUUACGAUCCUUUCCCCGUAUAUAUUGAUGUUAUUUUUAUUAUGCGAGGAAGAAUGAGAUCUUGAGCUUUGUGGCAAAGUUCUUGUUGUCAAUUGUCAGAGUAGACCAGAGUAAACUUCGAAGGAGUCAACUGAAAUUAAAGUUACACAGCAGUACUUUCCUCUGUGUGUUAUCUUCCGUGUUACCUUUUUUAUGCAAUAAGCAAACUCCGUCACUUGAUAAAUAAACCACAACAGCUCGCUCUUAAAAUCUCAACUUUUGAGUCACAUCACAUAAUUUGAUGAAAACCAUUUUUUUGAUAGGGAACGUGUGAAACUUAACAGUUAAAGUCGCUCCUCUCUUACCUGGCGCCUCAGUAGAAAAAACACACCUCUAAAAUGGACACCUGCCUGCCGUUUUUACUUCAUUUUGUUGACCCUCUUUAGACGGUUACCUCGCCAGAAUAGAUACUGUAAAUGCUCUAUUAAGCCCCCCACCCACCCCCUCUCAAAUAAGCUAUCUGAUAGGGUAUGAACACCUAUCUGAUACAGCUAUUUCGAGAAAGGUUGUCGGAUAAAGUGCACGCGACAACCCCGAAAGGUAUUGUGGGUGGUUUUGAGUUUACUGUUUUUCAAAGAAAUUUGAAAGAAUAGCAGGAGAGGCCAUAAACAUAUGUCUGAGAGUGCUAAAGGAAAGCAACAAAAAUAGGUUCGACAGCUACAGUGUCAGGAACAGUGUAUUGAGCAUAUCACAUAUUACCUUUAGGGAUUGUGGCGUGCACAUUUUUUCUGACAGCCUUUCUCGAAAUAGCUGUAUGUGACUCUCCACUUUAGAGAUCGGUGGGGCACAGCUUCGUUCUGUCACAGACAGAAAUCGCACCAAGGUCAUCGGGAUAGACUGUAUUAAUUAACGUGUUUUAGCUUUUUCACUUUGUGUUAUAGUUCCUUAUGGAGAGUUUAUACCAUCUUCUGGUUGUUUGAAAAAGCAGUAUAGCGCUCCGUUUUGUCAAAUUAGAUAAGUCCCCCUCUAAAAUAAGCCCCCUCUAUUUCAAGCGCCCCCCUCAACAUGUUUCCCUUCCUUUUCAUUUUCUUCAACUGGUGAAUUUCUUUUGUCCGGAAAUUCGCUUCUGUGACCUCCACUACCCCCUUUGGGCGGAGCCUUCCUGUAUAUGCCAAACAGGCAGUACCCCCCCCCCACCCUCCACUUGGGCUAUUAUGAAAGGCUGCAAUCUUAUUCUAUUAUCCACUUUAGUAUUAAAAUGCAGCUUUUGUUUGUUACCAGAGCAUACCAAUGGCAAUGGAGAUUACACCAGUUCCCUGUUAGGAAUCCUUGUCAUGCAGGAUGUCCAUUUAGGUUUGUUAGUUGCUCUUCUGCCUGCUAUUGCUGGUCAAAAAAGCGUGGGCCCAUCCAAGGGCAACACUGGAGUGGUACAUAAUAUUCUGAAUGGACUUGAGAGAGAAAGUGAUUCAGGUAACUUGGGUUUUUUAACCGUGAUUGCAAAACUGUUUCUCCCUAUUACAGGGCUCCAAAAAAGUUCAGUUCGGUUGUCCGGGACAAGUAGAUUUCAUUGUUGGGCAAGUAACUAUUAAACCUCAGUAGCCCAAUGGUCAAGGGUUCAAGCAAGUCAGCCUCUAACAAAAUGAUUAACUAAGACAAGCAAGAAGUGGCCCCUGGUAAGCAAAAUUGUGAGGGCAGCUGGCUCAAAGGACUUGCUUGAAUUCAAGUUUUUUUUUAAGCCCUGCUAUAAUUUAUUCUUCAAACACCAAUAAUUUAGAUAGAUCAUCAGAAAUAAUUUUUAUUACAAGUGUGCCCCAAUCUUGUGUCUCAUUGCUUGCUCUUUAUUUAUUAGCUGAGUUUAUUUGUACCCUGAGGAUGCUGUUUGAGGUCGCACUUUCCUUUGCUGGGCUGUUGGCAGUAUGCUUUCUGUUUUCAAAGCUAACUAGACCACUGUUCAGGUACAUGAACAUACCUUCCCGAAUACAAGUUCCACUAUUUGGAUCAGAUCUCAUUUAGAAUUGCACAGUGUAACAACCAACAUAAUCCAUAUUUGCUCCUAAAUUAAACCUUCCAGAGUUUAGCCACUUAAGAACAAAUGGUGUCUUUGUGCAACAUUACCUUACAGAAUAGCCUGCCCGUACAGGAGAUACAAUGUGAAUUGCUCAAAGUAUUAAAAUCAUUUUUAAUCUCAUCACCAAUUCACACCCUACGGCUCUAAAGCCUCUCUUGUGCAACUUCAAUCCUUGUAUCACUUUCCAUGUCAAUGCUGAAAAAUCAUGUUGAUGGGAAAUUUGUGCAGGACAAAGAAAACUUUGCAAAUCAUGCUCAGAUGUGAGUAGUAACAUUGAAUGGGCCUGGCUCAAAAUACAUGCAAAAAACAACAAUAACAUAAAAAUUUGACUGGUUGCUAUAUCAACUUAUAUUGCCUUAUUUUUCUCCAACAUUUGCAAUGGAAUUCAUAGAUCUUAAAAUACAGAAAACAGCCCUAUCAUGAAAACCCUCCCUAGGAUUUUUUUUGUUUUGGUUGCUCUAUCUUGUUAAAUAAACAAAAACGAGUUAAAUGAGUAUUUUGUUUUUUUGUUUUUCUUCAGAUUGCUUCAAGGUUCAGUCAGUAAAGAGUUGCUGACAUUAGCAACAAUAUCAACAGCAUUUUCUUUAUUAAUGGUAAGUUUGAAAAGUGAACUGAUGUUGGGCAAUAUAAGACAUAAUCCUACAUGUAACUAAAACAGCAAUGAUGACUGUGACAAAAGACAAAUCAAAGCACACCAAUCCAGGGUUGUCACUAAGAUUUCAAGUUGCAAAUACAACAAGUAGGCAGGGAAUUAAGCAGCUAGGAUUUCUUUUUUAUAUUUUUCGUCUGUUUUCCUACGAAAGUAGCCGGGGGUUAUAUGCAUAGAAGCCAGAGGGAAUCCCCGGCCCCCAGCCCAUAAUGGCAGCCCUGCCAAUCACAUUUAGAGGUCUUAAUGACCCAUAAUAUCAUGGCUUAACUGAAAGAUGACCAAAAACAUCCUGACUUACUGUAAUAAACCAGUCAGGUCAAUAACCAGAGUUUACCAUCAACUAACAUGAUACAACUUUCUUUAACUUUGAAGAUGACUACUGCGUAAGUUGUUGAAAUGUCAGUCACUGUCAACAAAAGUCCUAUUCAGGAGUAUACUCACCUGAAUGAUCAUAUUCCACUAACCCGAGAGCAGGCAUUCUUUUUUCUCUCUCAAAGAAAAAGGGAAGAUGGACCGCCUGAUCCUUAAUAUUUCACCAACUUAUAAUAUGAAAGUGUUAGCAACACAACAAUCACAAGGUUUUUAUUAAUUUGGAUUUGAAGGAUGUCCAAGUUCUCCAUUUUGGGGAAUGUAGGAUUUUUUUUAUGGAUUUUUGUCCUUCCACUAGUUGCAAAGGUUUUACAGAGAUGAGCAGAGAUGCUACUUAUGACAUUACUGAGAAUAUCAGUAUAAUUAAUUUAUUUGUCUAAAGUAAGAUAGAUGUCAUCAUAUUGGGUGCUAUGUAUAGAGAUAUUGUCUCGGAGGCUGGUUGUCUAACUGUCACUUCCGUCCCCCCUCCCUAGACAAUAAUGUUAGCCCCAGACUACAAGCCCAUUCAGUUAGGCUAGGCUGUGUUCACAUAGCCUGCGAGCAAGCUCUCCGGGGCACUUUGGUGGCGGGGCAGGAAAAGGAAGGAGAGCUUGCAGCUACAUCUCUGGAACUUGAAUUCCACCUCCAGUUCUCCUGUGGCUCCAUGUCGACCGAGCUGUCAGAUUUCCACCAAUCAGCCCAAAGCAGAAAAGAGCGUGAAUGUAAACAAACAUUGAUAUCAGAUAGGAAUUCAUACAAUUCAGGACAGCUUUUCAUGGCGACAUGAAAAAGCUAUCCAGUAAAAAGUGAACAUAUCGGCCUAAGUCACUUGCAAAAUAAUCUUGUCAUCAUUGUAGUCAUACUUUUUUCCCAGCUGUCAGAGCAUUUAGGAAUCUCAAUGGAGCUUGGCUGUUUUAUGGCUGGAGUUGUGUUGAGUUCCAAUGGAGAACAUCUUGUUCAUCAGGUAUAUACUUCACUACUAAAAUCCAGCUAGUGGUCUAUUAUCAAUGCUGUGCUCUGAUUGGUUAAGCUACUACUAGGCUAUAUGUUAUAGCCCACUAGUAGGGCAAAGCGCCGGCUUUUUGGCAGCAAAAAAGGCUUUAAGUCUAGCUUUAACUAGCUAAAGUUGUUUUGUCUCGAUACUUUUGAUUAAUUAGUUGGAUUUUACUAAAACAAUUAUUCCUCUUGCCUUCAUGGCCUCUGAGUCAAUAGCCCAUUCGGCCUUCGGCCUCGUGGGCUAUUGACUCAGAGCCCAUUCGGGCUCGAGGAAUAAUAAAAAUAUUGUUAACCGUUCAUACUAGGCCACUUGUUGAUUAUUUUUCCUCGUUCUGGCAUUCAAAAAAGUUUUACAAUUGAUUUUGGGCAGAGAAUGUCUAACUUGACACUUACUUGAAAUUUCUUCCCUAGGUGAAUGAGCUGCUUGAACCACUUCGUGAUUUCUUCGCGUGUUUAUUCUUUGCAUCUAUAGGUAAAUAUUAAUGAUGACAGCUACUAACUAAUUACUAACUAAUUACUAUGCAUUGCAUUGCAUUGCAUUUUACAGUCAAAGACACCAAAGUGACAGAACCAUGUGUCCUCAUAACAUAGUUGUCCAAAUGAGUUUGAGUCUGGGUCGGUAUCGCAUCGAAAUGCAUUAUGAGACUGUUUUGGGAAUACCGCCAGUGCGUCUUUUAUUGGCUGAUUUUGGGUCGCUGGGGAAGCUGAGUUAGAAAACUCGUACCUCAAAACAAUCCCGUAGUAUACCUCAACACAACACUGACCCAGUCUCAAGAGCAGCCUUGAAAUGGCCGAUAGUUAUAAAGGAAGAAGUUGUAUGAAGCUUCGCAACUAUUUUACUAUUUUACGCAGUCGUCGAAAAAAUUCGGGAAUUCAGCAUUGAGAUUCGAAUCCAUGACAUCUGCAUUGCUCCUGUCUACAUCCAAAUUACGACGGAAAAUAGGACUUGCUAGAGGGAAAGCGAUACCAGUGCAUAGCUCUAACUAACUAAGCCUGUGCCCAGGCUCACUUGUGCGGGUUCGGGAAAAUUUUGGCGGCGUAGCCGCUAUCGUGCGAGGAACACACACAAGUGUAUCUGCUGGUAGGCUAUAACUGAGCCACUGACCAAAAACCUGGUCAACUGUAGGCUCAUAUGUUGUUACGCUGUGUUUUAUUUUGUGUCAAAGGUUGUCUCCUCGGUGGAGGUCUCUUUUGUGCGACUGUCAGGUCUAAAUCGCGCACAGACUGGGAAGAGGGAAAGAAAGCGCGAGGGGAACGAUGGGAAAGGGAAAGCUGUGUCGUUGCGUUUUUUUUUUUUAUUGAUCCCUGCGCGUUCCAGUUGGAGCCUUCGCAAACGAGGUAGUGAUGAAACGGUUUGUGAGUGACGUUGUUAAAAGAUUUAAAUAUUUUUGGCAGGUCUUCAUGUCUUUCCAACGUUCGUGCUUACAGAAUUUCCUCUUGUAUUGACUCUUACCCUUGGAGUCGUUUCAGUGAAGGUAGGCAAUAAAAGGCGGAAUGCUCAAUUUCUUAUUGUACUUUAUAAUUACGAUUCUUUCCCCGUAUAUAUUGAAAUUGUCUUUAUUAUGCGAGCAAGAAUGACAUCUUGAGCUUUGUGGUAAAGUUAUUUUUGUCAAUUGUUUGAGUGGACCGGAGUAAACUUCGGAGGAGUCAACUGAAAUUAAAGUUACACCACAGUACUUCUCUCUCUUUUGUAUUUUCCAUGUUUCCCUUUUAUGCAAUUAGCAAACUCCGUCACUUGAUAAAUAAACCAUAACAGCUCGCCCUUAAAACCUCAACUUUUGAGUCACAUCACAUAAUUUGGUGAAAACCAUUUUUUUUAGGGAAGGUGUGAAACUUAACAGUUAAAUUUGCUCCUCUCUUAACUGGCGCCUCAAUAGGAAAAACACACCUCUAAAAUGGACACCUGCCUCCCUGCCGUUUUUAUUUCAUUUUGUUUACUCUUCUUUAGACGGUUACCUCGCCAGAAUAGAUACUGUAAAUGCUCUAUUAAGCCCCCCACCUCCUCUCAAAUAAGCUAUCUGGUAGGGUAUGAACACCUAUCUGAUACAGCUAUUUCAAGAAAGGUUGUCGGAUGAAGUGCACGCGACAACCUCGAAAGGUAUUGUGGGUGGUUUUGUAUUUACUGUUUUUCAAAGAAAUUUGAAAGAAUAGCAGGAGAAGCCAUGGACAUAUGUCUGUGAGUGCUAAAGGAAAGCAACAAAAAUAGGUUCGACAGCUACAGUGUCAGGAACAGUGUAUUGAGCAUAUCCCAUAUUACCUUUAGGGAUUGUGGCGUGCACAUUUUUCCGACAGCCUUUCUCGAAAUAGCUGUAUGUGACUCUCCACUUUAGAGAUCGGUGCGGCAUAGCUUCGCUCUGUCACAGAAAUCGCACCAAGAUCAUCGUGAUAGACUGUAUUAAUUAACGUGUUUGAGCUUUUUCGCUUUGUGUUGUAGUUCCUUAUGGAAAGUUUAUACCAUCCUCUGGUUGUUUGAAAAAGCAGUAUAGCGCUCCGUUUUGCCAAAUUAGAUAAGUCCCACUCUAGAAUAAGCAACCCUCUUUAUCAAGCGCCCCCUUCAAGCGUGCUCGAAAUAAAUAAAUAAUCCCCCCCGCUAGGGCUUAAUAAAGGAUUACGGUACCUAGAGUUGGUCCCUGCCUUUCCUUACUCCUUUUCGUUACUGCGCUUUUCCAAAACACGCGAACUCUGAAGUUUAAAAGCCGACUUUACAAUUGCGUUUUUCGCUGCCGUCAAUCAUAAUUACGAUUACAAGCAACGAACCUUGAAACACAGAAACACACAAAACUGAUGGAAAUCCACAAAUCACAAACCAUAACCUUUUGAACCCGUUAAAGUAAACUUCUGGGCCGAGUUGUUCAAAGCUGGGUUAAGAUAACCCAGGGUUAGUGCGAGAAUUGAAUUCAGAUUUGAAAGCUUAAAAAGCAUUUCAGUUUUAAUUCUUUUUGUCUACAAGUUGAUGAUUGGAAGCUCUAAAAAUAGCGCAGAAAAUUAUCCGAGAAAAUGCUUUCAAACACAAUAAAAAGGAACCCGGUUUAAAUUUAACCCCGGGUUAAGCGCUACUCGGCUUUCGAACAACUGGGCCCAGUUUCGUAAGAGGUCCGUUAAGGUGAUUAGGGAGCUUAAGCAACAGCGUUUUUCAGGGACGGACGUCAACCGGAAGUGGACUUUUUGCAUCAUUGGGGAGCGGUUUGGUUGAAACUCUCGGUUAAAUCGUCUUUAAAAGAGAAAAGAAACUCAGCAAUACAAGUUUGUUAGCGUCAAGGCAUAUAAAAAGGGAGAAGGCCUCACUUCCGGUUGACGUGCGUCGCUCAAAAGCGUCUUUGCUUAAGGUCCCUAAUGAUGGCAGGGAAAAGCGCACACGUCAGUUGGCUUUUGAACUUCAGAAUUCGCGUGUUUUUGAAAAGCGCAGUAACUCUCCACUAGAGGGACGUCAGUCUGUAUCCGUGAUGUACAUGUUGCUGGACAUGAUGCCCAUGAUGUAGGAGACUUGACAAAUACCUUUCUAAAUCUCAUUUCAUCUCGCUUUCUUUUCAGUUCAUUGUCUCUGUGUUGGUCCUUCGGUUAUUCUUGUGUGAAACAAGAACCACGAAGUAUAUAGUGGCCGCUGGUUUGGCUCAAGUUAGUGAAUUCUCAUUUGUCCUGGGAAGCAGAGCACGAAGGUUUCAUCUUAUUUCCAGAGAGGUAUGUUUUCCUUGAUUCUUAAUUCAGCGUGUAGUAAGAUUCAAGAAAUUACCUUGUCGAAGUGCGGGAACUUGGUUGUUUGCUCAAACUGUGAAUGGGGUCAAAGGAGAAAGAGGCCUGUCUUACUCUGUUGAAGCGAGAUUGCCUUUUGUUUGCCAUCUGUGUAUAGUCGUCUAAUAUGAGUGACACGCCUUUUGUAGCUGACAGGCACGUGACCUGUUUGAUGCAGAAAUCAUGGGGUACAAAUUAAACAGUACCAGAGAUGGAGAGAGCAUUAGAAAUUUAGCUGAAAAGCUAAUUUCGAAGUGACUGGAUGUUGGAAUGCCUACAAACUUUUGAAGGUUUACAAAUAUAUGGAAACUUUUGCAGGACUGCAAGCCAUGCAGCCCAGCAACUUUUUCCAUUGAUACAUAUAAUAUUUUCUCAUUAUUAAAAUCACCAUAAAAUCACACUAUCGAGAGUUUAAAAACGGUAAAUUGAAAGACCCACUAGCUGUUUUAUGCUCUUUCAAUCUCUGUAUCCCAUAAUGUUUCCGGAGUUCAAGCCUCGCCCGUCGCGUUGUUUCAUUACAGAAGGAACUUUACUCCACUUCGUCUGUCUUCACCCAGGUGUUAGCCUGCGAGCAAGCUCUCCAUUUGCGCGUUCUCGCCAUCACAGUGAUCUGACUAGAAAUGUGAAUUCGCCGCGCUCGACGAGUCAACCAUGUGACGUCAUAUGCAUAUUUAAUUAAGGACCUGCUUGUCGCCCUUUGUGCCGCAAUUUGGCCAUGUUUGUGUUGGAAAAAAAUGCCGAAAACAACGUUUUCCUAGCGUCAAAACUUAUUUUCCUUUUCAAUCAGAUAUCGAACUAAUAAUUUAUUGCUAUUUUUCACUAGAUUAUUUUUGGCUUCAGUGGCACUUUAAGCUUGUAUGCCAUAAUGUUUCCGGGGUUCAAGCCUCGCCCGUCGCGUUGUUUCAUUAGAGAAGGAACUUUACUCCACUUUGUCUGUCUUCACCCAGGUGUUAGCCUGCGAGCAAGCUCUCCAUUUGCGCGGAGAGCAUGCUCACAGGCUACCCAGGAGUAUAAAUGGAUACUGGUGACAUACUGCUGGAGAGCAACCCUGCGAUGGACUAUUAUCCCAUCCAGGAAGAGUAGCAAUACUCCUAGGCAUGCUUUAUGCUAAGGAUAUCGGGAUAGGCUCCGGGCAUGUGGGUCUUUGGUUCGUGUGCACCUUGACCUUUUACCUACCUAUCCCAUAAUUAUGGCAUAAGAUAGGUCACGUGACCCUGAGCUGCAUGGGGCCUGUUGACUUAAGGCUAAAGAAAGUGAUUUAUUUUUCGCCUGAGCGAGGGGACGAAAAUAACUGUGAAUUCGUUCAUUGAGUGGUUGAUAUUGUUAUUUUUUUUCAGGUUUAUCUUAUUAUCCUUAGCGUUACUACCAUCAGUCUUCUACUCGCUCCGUUACUUUGGCGAAUUUCUUUGUGGAGAUUUGGAGGCCGAAAAAUUUGGAGAUCAGCUAAUUCAGAAAGGACGAACAAAAGAACUGCGAGAACUGUAUAGCAUGGACUCCAGGAGUCAUGAAUGACUAGUUUAAAUUGCAUUUCUCUUCCCAGUAGUUCACAGGAGCUAAGCGCACAGCAGGCAAAUGUUACGUUUACGCGCGCCUUUUCACACAUCGCAUCUACUUUUUUUACGCCUGUAAAAUUUACGUCCGUACGCACGUAAAAAUUAACCGACGGUGGAAAUCCACCCUAAGCUAGAUGGCGGGUGUUGUAUGAUAAUACAAUUAUUAGGAGCCGUGUCUCUCUCCUCUGCACGGGCCUCUUAGUGCGAGAGAGAGCUGGGCCGAGGAAGAAAAGAGCGGGGGACGAUGUUAGGGAAAAAGAGAAGGAGAGAAUCGCGUUUUCGCGCGCGCUCUUUUUCCUUCUUAUUUUG